AUGGUAAAACCUGUCGACUUCGAGACCGCAGACGCUUCGCGGGGUAACGUUAAUAAUGCAGCGAAAAGCAAAAUCAGUGUGGAUGCAAAUGGAGCAAGAACAAUCUUGGAUCGAUUUCAGAAUUCAGGAACAGACUCCUAUUUUUCCACCUACAAGCCUCAGACUAGUUUCAGUGACAGCAGAUUUCUGUCUCAGUCAUCCAACUCAUUCUCGAACUGCCAGAUGCAAGACUGUGCACCACUACCUUACACAGUUUGGUCAACUCAGGAAGACUGGCCACAAGUUAUAACUAAUAGCAGAAAUUCGAUAGAUGCCAAUAAUUGUGGCAGUGAGGCUGAUCUUUAUGGAUUAGUGUCAGAUAUUUUGGAUGAACCAGAUUCAGUGGACCCCUACCCAUCAUAUGAGAACAGGCUGCCAUCUAGUUUGAAAGGUGUAUGGUCUCCAAAGUUAAGAGAAAACAACAUGCAGUAUUUCAACAAUGAGAUGCAGAGGCCACCAAUUUCUGGAUACCCAUCAAACAAUAUUUAUCCUAAACCAGCCACCAAUGUCUGCCCUCAGCCUUCGGAUAGAGAAUCUCAUCAGUGGGCAGAACAUCAGAACUUCAAUGGCUUUGAUUCUCCUUCUUCCUGUAAUGGAGAGGCUGACAUAUUUUCUACUCAAGAUCGCCCUCGUCCACCAGGCCUGAACACACCACCAUACACAACCAGAAAACCUGCGUAUAUUACACAUGACAAAGAAGAAGGAUACUUCAACCCCACUAACUGCACAUCUGAUUAUAUAAACAUGGCCAACUCCUACUAUUCUUCCCAAAAUUCAGAUGAGUCCUAUUUCAAUUCAUCUCCUGACUUUGCAUUGGUGAACAAGGAUAAACUGAGAAACAUUCAAUCCUUCUCUGUCCAGGAUGUCAGUAAGCUGGCGUUUUUGUUGGCAGAGCAGGAUAUAAACUACUGCAAAGAACCAACCCAGAAUGGGUUUUUAUCGCAGAGAAACUAUGAAGAAAUCAUGGCAGAGCAGAAGAGUCAUCCUUUUCAAAGGAUGUCAGAGCUUAUUGCUCAAAAACCAAAUUUUAAAAAUGAGGUGACCCGCAACCAUUUGGAGCAAAGAGGAGGAAAAGCAGAGGAUAAAAAGACUCUUUUACACAGACAUUAUAACACAAAUGAAUUUUCAGGGUUUGGGCCAUCUAAACCUUUUUUGCCUACUGUCAUACCUCCAGCCCUGUACCCAAAUAAAGAAACCAGCCCAGUGGGAAGUGGCAUAACUCAAACCAGUGUUAAGCAGUUCCACCCAAUCCAGCCAAACCAUUAUCAAAUCCAAGCAAAGUUUCCAGCAAAAACCAGCAGCAGAAAUGAAUCACAGGGCUUUGCAAAUCUCACCGCAGCUGGGUCAGCUCAAUUACUUCCUUCUCAGCAGUUCCGGCCUGCAGGGAGAGUCCCGACUGAUUUGAGUCAAGGGAACCCAGUAAAUCUACAUGGUGCAAUAGGCCAGGCCAGUCUUGGGGCUUUAGGGAAGGGAGCAGGAAAAGUGGACAUUUCAGAUUUUGAUCUCCAGCUAGAGAACAACAGGUUGUCUGCGGAACUUAUGUUAGAUGGUCGCUUUACUCCACGAUCUAGCAUGAAACCCAAACUUCCUGAGGCAGAGCAAAAAGCUGGACUACUGGAGAAUCCAUACCAGGGGCUGGCCAGUUUGUACGGAAGACAAGUAAGACACAACGGAGCUAGUUCAAACUCAACCACACCGUCACACCUUUUCCCAUUCCUAUAUCAAAUGGGUGAUCCCAGAAAAAGUCAUAACCACCAGAUUCAUUCACAGCCUUCAUUGCCCUUCUGCUCUGUGCCUAUUAUUGAUGUGGGUGAACGUCUACCAGAUGCAGAUAAUUCACGCUUCAGCCCCUAUCUACAAGAAUGUGCCGGGCUAAGCCAAGCAUCAGGAGAUGGGUUGUUCUCUGGGUUUCUAUCUGCUAUGACUUUGCCUAAGCUUGGCAAAGCACUUGGAAGCCCCAACAGUCAGCUACACUUUCACCUGGAGGAAUGUUACGAGCAAUGGAGGAUGCUGGAAAAAGAGAGAAAGAGAGCGGAAGCUAUUCUUACAAAGGUUUACCUGGGAAAACUUGUGUCUAUGGUGGUGACCAGUAGCAGCUUACCCAAAAUGCCUCCAAACCCCUCCAGAGUGGACCGGCUCAUUGUGGAUCAGUUGCGCGAACAGGCAAAAGUGACAGGUUUGCUGGGGAAGAUGGAACAGCUGCGGAGUUUUCCACUCCAUGCUAAUAUCAGCUCAACAUUGGACAGGCAUCUUGAGGUCAUCUACAUCACUCAGGCACGCCGCAAGGACGAAAUCAUCAAUGCUAGCAACAGACAGAGGCAGUCGGCGGCCUUCUUUAGAGAGGACAGGGAGAUACUUCUGUUGGCAUCUGCAGUGAAGGACCUGUGCAGCAGCACCAGAAAGGCCAGAACUGCUCUUUGGUGUGCAUUACAAAUGACUUUGCCCAAAACAAGCAGUUACCAAGAGGAGGAACACCACAAAGGUACUUCCUCCCCUUUAGGCCCAGACAGUCCUGAGCAGAGCAGCUUAGAGAGAUCACCAACUACCCUGUGAUCGCUUUCUGACAGGUAUAUGGUGUUUGUACAUUUUCCCACAAAAGUACAUUCAUCUAAAAUGUGAUGAGGUUGCAUUUUAAGAGGAAUGAAUAAGUUAUUUAAGUUAUUCCACUAUAGUGAAACAUUAGGCUCAGUUGUGGGCAGCAGAUGGAAUUCUUAGUUCAUUAAUAUUUAUCAGUCCACUGUGGAAAGCACCAAUCAGAUUCUCCAAAAACAUGGAAUUAUGGCAGUAAGAUCAGUAUUCAGGUAUUUGACCAAGGAUCCCUGAAAAACUGCCAGUAAGAACAAAAUGAUUUGAGAGAGAGAGAGAGUGAGAUAGCAUAAGAUUGAUUUAAGAAGAGAGAGUAAGAGAGAUGAAUUCACAAGAGGGAAGUUUUAACUGUUGAUAAUGAAACCAAAUGUGUGGCAAGAGUAAGAUCUGUGGCUUUGGAAGAUAAUAUUUUUGCCUCAGGAAUGUUGACUGAGAAACAUAUAAAUAGUUACAUAGGAAACAAUUACUUGCGUUAAAGGUCUUUUGACAGUUUAAUUAGUGUCUCUUACAACCUACGAUCCUCAGCUCAUUUUAUGCAUUCACAAAAACAGUAUUUAUGACCAGUAGGACGUGUUCGCGUUGUCCUGGCAUUAUUUAUUUGAGCAAGAUUUUCUGGGCGUCAGCACGUUUUUAGUGAUCUCACUGGAUAAGCAAUAACAACUACAAAUCAUUACUUAAAUCUGUCAUUUGUUUUAGGGAAAAUCUGAAUGUGAGUUUAUUUAUUCACCAUUUGUUUGUCUAAAUUCUGAAUUGAACUCAAGUUUCCAGUCGCCAUUUUUCAGUGUGUGUAUGUGGUCAAUCUGUCUGUGGUGUAACGCAUUUGAGAAUGUGUGGAGUAGCUGAGAGUACCAUCAUUUAUGGACUGACAUAAAUGAUGUGAAUGACAUGUUUAAAGGCUAACAUUGUUCAUAUGAUGUGUACUCAUACU